AUGCUAGGUAUUGGUUUUCGUUACAUCGUGUUAGGUAUUGGUUCUCGUUACACUGUGUUAGGUAUUGGUUCUCGUUACACUAUGUUUGGUAUGGGUUCUCGUUUCACUGUGUUGAGUAUUGGUUCUCGCUACGCUGUGUUAGGUAUUGGUUCUCGCUACACUGUGUUAGGUAUUGGUUCUCGUUACAUCGUGUUAGGUAUUGGUUCUCGCUACACUGUGUUAGGUAUUGGUUUUCGUUACAUCGUGUUAGGUAUUGGUUCUCGUUUCACUGUGUCGAGUAUUGGUUCUCGCUACACUGUGUUAGGUAUUGGUUCUCGCUACACUGUGUUAGGUAUUGGUUCUCGUUACACUAUGUUUGGUAUUAGUUCUCGUUUCACUGUGUUGAGUAUUGUUUCUCGUUACACUGUGUUUGGUAUUGGUUCUCGUUACAUCGUGUUAGGUAUUGGUUCUCGUUACAUCGUGUUAGGUAUUGGUUCUUGCUACACUGUGUUAGGUAUUGGUUCUCGUUACAUUGUGUUAAGUAUUGGUUCUCGUUACACUAUGCUAGGUAUUGGUUCUCGUUACAUCGUGUUAGGUAUUGGUUCUCGCUUCACUGUGUUAAGUAUUGGUUCUCGUUACAUCGUGUUAAUUAUUGGUUCUAACUAUACUGUGUUAUGUGUUGGUUCUCGUUACAUCGUGUUAAGUAUUGGUUCUAGCUACACUGUGUUAUGUGUUGGUUCUAGUUUCACUGUGUUGAGUAUUGUUUCUCGUUACAAAAAAUCCUAA